AUGUCGUCAACAGUGGCCGUAGUUCCAAAUAUUGCUGAAGGAAAUCUAAAAAAUAUCGUUGAACAAACAAGUCUCAAGUGGAUUUUCGUUGGAGGAAAAGGUGGAGUUGGAAAAACGACAUGCAGCUGUAGUUUAGCAUCACUGUUAUCAAAAGUUCGUGAAACAGUACUCAUCUUAAGUACUGAUCCAGCUCAUAACAUAUCCGAUGCAUUCAAUCAGAAAUUCACGAAAAAACCAACUAAAGUCAAUGGAUACGACAAUCUUUUUGCAAUGGAAAUCGAUCCAUCCGGUGGCAUCAGUGAAUUACCCGAUGACAACGAAGAAAGUGAAUUAUGGACAGUCGGACGUUCGAUGUUUCAGGAAAUGCUUUCGUCAUUCCCUGGUAUCGAUGAAGCUGUGAGUUUUUCUGAAGUCAUGAAAUUAGUGAAGAAUAUGAAUUUUAGUGUUGUUGUAUUUGAUACAGCACCAACAGGUCAUACAUUACGGUUACUUUCAUUUCCUGCAGCUAUUGAAAAAGGUCUUGACAAGAUUUUAAGACUGAAAAAUCAAGUUGGACCAAUGUUGACACAAAUCUCAUCAAUGUUUGGAAUGGAUAACAUGAUCGCAGAUUUGAUGUCAAGUAAAUUAGAAGAAACAUUGGCUGUGAUUCGACAAGUUAUGGAGCAAUUCCAAGAUGCGAAUUUAACAACAUUCGUUUGUGUUUGCAUUCCCGAGUUUUUAUCUUUGUACGAAACAGAAAGAUUAGUACAAGAAUUAGCUAAAUGUCAUAUUGAUACACAUUCAAUCAUUGUUAAUCAAGUGUUAUUCCCAUGCCUUGGUGAAAAUGUCAAUUCAUGUCGUCGUUGUGCAUCAAGAAUGCGUCUUCAACAAAAAUAUAUCGAACAAAUUGAUGAUCUGUAUGAAGAUUUCAAUGUGGUGAAAUUGCCAUUACUUGACGAUGAAGUUCGAGGUGCAUCAAAUAUCAAUUCAUUUUCUCAACAUCUUCUUAAACAAUACAAACCAUAA